ACGAGUGAUCCAUGCAUGUAUGGAAUUUGUCUUGACAGCGCGAACAGUUCAUACUCGUGUUAUUGCAUCGACGGUUACACGGGAAUAAAUUGCGAGAUAAACUGGGACGACUGUUGGUCGGAUCCCUGCAUGAACGGUGGCACCUGUACCGACGCCGUUGCCGCUUACAACUGCACGUGCCCCGAAGGAUUCAUCGGAACUAAUUGCGAGCAGAAGUACAGCGAGUGCAUGAAUCAGCCGUGUCUCAAUAAUGGAACGUGCAUCGAUUACAACGGGUUCACGUGUCAGUGCCAAGACGGAUAUUCCGGUGACUACUGCGAGAUUGACAUCUCAGUAUGCAACAGUACGAUCUGCAGGAACUCAGGAGAAUGUGUCGAUGGUCCCGGUUACUCCUUCAUUUGCAAAUGCAGGGAAGGCUGGACGGGGGAGUUCUGCGAGGAAGACGUCGACGAGUGCCUGAGCUCCCCAUGCCUGAACGGGGGGCUCUGCCUGAACAUCCCCGCCUCCUACACCUGCGCUUGCCUAUUCGGCUUCACCGGAAGGGACUGCGACAAGGCCGUCGUCUCCUGCGACGUCAAUCCCUGUCUCAAUUCUGCCAUGUGCCUCCACGAGGACGGCCAGCCAGUUUGCUACUGCGUCCCGGACUACCACGGACCCCUCUGCGAGCUACGCUAUAACGACUGCGAGUCAAAAUUUGCAAAAUGUCAGAAUGGCGGCACCUGCAUCGACGGCAUCAAUGCCUUCACCUGUUCCUGCCCCGCACCUUAUGCGGGGGCUGCCUGUGAGGAGGUCAUCCCCUGGAGCACCUCUCCACCAAGUACUUCCGCAAUGACAAGUACCUCAACUGCGAAAAGUGCCAACGUGACUCAAGGUUACGAAAUAAAACCUGCAACAGAUGCUUUUAGCCACGUUUCUACUGUACUUUUUGACGUUGGAACGUCGACACGGUCAUUCGAAGGUCAAAGUACUACGUCAAGAUCGUAUGAAGGUCGAAGUACCAGAAAAAGUGCCAUUGAAGGUCGAAGUACUGUAAAAAGUACACUUGAGGGUCAAAGUACAACUAAAAGUACUUUAGAAGGUCAAAGUACAACGAAAAGUGCCUUAGAAGGUCAAAGUACAACGAAAAGUACUUUUGAGGGACGAAGUGAUGCCAGUGUUUGGAAAACUACACCCACUGAUUUUGUAACCCAAAGUACUUUUAGUACUUCAAGUACUUUGGGACCGGUUGGUACUCCUGUCGGUACUUCAUCGACUGUCUUCCAGGUACAAAGUACUACAACGGGUUAUGACUGGGCUGGUGGGCGUAAUGUGACUGCGCGAGAAUUGAGUACAAGUACUAUUGCGAGCACCAGUACUUUUGGGGUUUUUAGUACAAUAAGUACUUUGGCAGCUGAUGUAGCCGAAGCGAAGGGAACGACAGUAAGGAGUGGAGUGAUUAGUACUUCGACGAGCGGCGGCGGGGGUAGGGAUGAGACGACUGUAUCCAGUGGUGGGGGGACAGAUGGGGUGGGAAUGGUGACAAUGGUCAGUGUGACGAGACCGGUGGAAAGUACUACGAAGGUUUACGAAGGGGGAGUUAGUACUUUGGAGGGGGAAGAGGUCACCAGGGGAGUUUCGUUCAACUGCACGCAGGAUGGGAGGAAUAGUACGAGUUGCAAUUGCACGGCUCUGGACGGCUGCAGUCCCUUCCCAAGCAUAAAAAUCGCUGCGUUCAACGGAAAAUCGUACGUCAGACAGCAGGUGAACGUAAAACACGACGGAAUGUUGAAAAUUUUCUUACAGCUAAAGACAAAAUCGAAGAGUGGAAUUAUUCUUCACGCAUUUUUCGACGAAGAAAGGUAUGUUCUCUUGUACGUGGAGUUCGGACAGUUGAAGUUCCAGUUCUCCUGCGGUCUACAGACCAUGCUCCUCGGGGAGAUCGAUACUCCCAUUAACAAUGGACAUGACGUUGAUGUAGAAAUCAGAUUUCGUUACAUGGUGGAAGACAAAGUAGGCAAAUGCCUCGCAAAAUUAUUCGUGAAUGGAACGAUGGCGAUGAGUGGAGAGCAGAUGCUGGCGGCGCGGGAAGACAUCCCGGGAUCCGUCAGACUGCACUUGGGGGGAAUCCCCCAGGCGUUCUCCCACUACUUCCCCAGGAUUGCUCUGGGGUUCAUCGGUUGCAUGGGAGCGCUGAGGGUGAACGACGUGCAGAGGCACUUCAUUCACGACUCUUUAGAGACUUUUCAAAUUGAAGAGUGCACGUCGUUCUUGUGCCUACUGAACCCUUGCCGGAAUUUUGGAUCCUGUCAUGAUAUCGAUGGGAAGGUCUACUGCAAGUGUAUCGCAGGAUAUUCUGGAGAAAUGUGUGAGAAAACAGCAUGUGAUGAUAAUCCAUGUUAUUUUGGUGCCACUUGCAUUAGUUCACCAGGUACUGGAUUCAUUUGUGUCUGUCCAUUGGGAAUGCAUGGACUGCGUUGUGAAGAAGAAUCAACAAUAGUUCAGCCUUCCUUCUCCGUCUUCAUUCCGGGUUUCUCCUCCUACGCAGCCUACGGGAUAAAUACAGGGAUAAAAGACAGCAUGGAGUUCAGGAUGCGAAUCCUCCCUCACUCAGUCGAUCAGAUAUCGUUGAUAGCUUAUAUGGGCCAGAGCUCCCCGGGGGGUGACAUCUCAGAUCACUUUUCGGUGACUUACGUCAGGGGGUUCAUUAUGCUCACGUGGGACCUAGGCUCCGGGGUCCGCAGGAUCUUCACCAAGACUCCUCUCUCCAGCAAGGCUCAUCGACCUCAUCUCCUGAGGGUCGGCAGGAGGGGGAGGGAUGCCUGGCUUUUCGUCGAUGGUCUCGGAAAUUUUACGGGACAAGCUGCUGGGACUAUGACGCAAUUGGACGUUUCUCCGAUACUUUAUAUCGGCGGACACAAGUCCAAAAAUUUCGAAACACUGCCACACGACCUGCCCCUGCACACUGGCUUCGCAGGUUGUAUUUACGACGUGGAGCUGCAGACAGACAAUCAGGUCUUCCCCGUGACUAAAUCAAGUCCAGCCAGUGGACGAGGAGUGGGCGAAUGCCAUCGGAACGAGUGCACAAGAAAUGCGUGUAAAAAUGGAGCUGUCUGUUUGAAUCAUGGUCCCACCUACAGUUGCAUCUGCAUGAAAGAAUGGGAAGGACCCGAAUGCAGUAUUCCAUCGAAGCCAUGUCCUGCGUCAAACCCCUCGUGCCACAAACUCAAUAUAUGAAUUUGAAAUGAAUUAAUCAAGAAAUCAAUGUCAUUGAAAGACUAGAGUUAUAAAUUUUUGAACGAUUUAAGUCACAAUCACGAGUAACUCUGUGGAUGGAUGUUAAUUCGUUUAGAGUGGAGUAGUGCAAUUUAUACUAAUCAUUAGGGAACAAUUGAGUAAUCGAAUACCUGUUCAAUAAUUCUGUUUUUAUACUUGUCUAGAUUUUAUAAUAUUAUUUACAAUUCACGUGCUCUCCAUCUUCGGUUUCGAUGUUACUGAUGAUGUAUUGAGGUGGAUGAAUAAAACAGCUGC